AUGAUAGGAGGUGAAAAAAAACAGGGUCAGCCCCUCGAUGAUGUUGAACAAAAAGUAAAAGACAUCAGACUGUCUGUUGAUGAUUUCCCUCCGAUUUUUGAUUGUGAUUCAAAUUUUGGUGACAACAAUGACAUAACAGGUCAAUAUUUUAUAGGUUAAUAUUAUAUUAUGUUUUUAGGGUCUCUGUUUUCUCUAUUUCAAAAACAGGAUGCAAUGUUAAAUUUAAUUGUAAGAAUUAUAUAGUUUAGAUGAUCUAUUUUAACUAAUUUUUCAGACUGAAAUUCUUGAAGACAGAUUUUGAUUUCGAUGAUGACGACAUGGCUGGUAAGUUUAUAUUAUAAUAUAAUAGUUACAAUUUAACAUUGUUUUUUGAAAUAUAAUAUGAAUUAUUUGUUUAUGGAUAAUUUUUUUUUUUAGUUAUGUCUGUUAAAUAUGGUGACACUGAAGUUCUCAAUGGUUUUGUCCUUGGAAAAAGUAUGUUUUCAAGUUUGGUUAUUAUAUUUAAGUACAUGAGUUAAAAGAGUUGAAUUAAAUUUGUAAAAUAAUCUAAUCUACUUUUGUAGGAAGACUAUAGUUGUUUUAUGUAGUAAUAAAUUUAUGAAAUACUUUAUAUAUUUUGAACAAAAAGGUUUUAAAUUUAAAUUUAAAUUAUAAAAAAAAAAUUUGAACUAUAACUUAUAUUACUAUUUUCACCUAAUUGACUUUUAAGUUAGUGAGAAUAGGUCUAUUUAAAAAAAAUGAUUCAAUAUUAAAUUUAAUAAUAAAAAUUAUAUAGUUUUUAUGAUCCAUUUUAACUAAUUUUUCAGACUCUGAAAUUUUUGAAGACAGCAAAGUUGAUUUUGAUAAUGAUAACAAAAUGGGUGGUAAGUUUAUGUUUUAAUAUAACAGUUACAAUUUAACAUUGUUUUUUAAAAUAAAAUAUGGAUAAUAUAUUAUUUUUUUCAGUUAUGUCUGAUGAAUGUGAUGACACUGGAGAUACUAAACAAACAGGUUUAAAUUUAAUUUUGAACCAUAAAAAUAACUAACUUGUACUCUAACAUAAGUGACUAUUUUCUUCUAAGUUAAAAAUUUGUAAAAUUUCAGAAACUAACUUAUAUUCUAUCUUGGUUAGUUCUUAUAUUAAAGUUACCUUAACUAAUUGAAAAAAAUUACAAACUUACUCAGCUUUGAAUGUUGUUAUACAUUACAUUUAUAAUAUUACUAUUGAUAUAAAUUGAAUUAUUUGAUGUGUUUUGUAGAGAUGUUCUGGGUAUCCAGCCAUUGAGUCCUAAUGGGAUACUCAAAUUAUUACUCAGCUAAUACUGGGUACCUGAUUUAUUAAUAAAUAAUGUACCUGGAACUCCCCUUAUGUUUUGUAUUUAUCUUUUUUUUAAUAAUUGUGUUCCCUUAAUUUAAAGAUGCCCCUAUCCAUUCUACAUAGUCAACUACAGUUACAGCUGGUAUAUCUAUUGAAAAUCAGAUGGAAUUGCCUAUUGAAACAGGUAUGUUUGACUCGGAAGUCAGUUUUAACAUUAUACAUGUGCAGAAUCAUCUUGAUCUCUUCUGGGAUAAACUAUAGUUGUGUUUUGUAGUAAUAAAUUUAUGAAUCAUUUAACAUGUUUUGAACAAAAAUAUUUUAAACUUAAAUUUUAACAAAAAAAAAAACUUGUACUAUAACUUAAGUGAUUUUUCACCAAACUAACUUCUAACUAAGUUAGUGAGCAUGGUCUAUUUCAAGAAAAUGAUUCAAUAUUAAAUAUAAUUUUAAGGAUUAUAUAGUUUUGAUGAUUCAUUUCAACUAAUUUUUCAGACUCUAAAAUUUUUGAAGAUAGCGAAGUUGAUUUUGAUGAUGAUAAAAUGGCUGGUUAGUUUAUUUUAUAGUAUAACAGUUACAAUUUAAUAUAGUUUUUUAAAAUAUAAUAUGGAUAAUAUUUUUUUUUUUUUUAGUUAUGUCUGAUGAGUGUGGUGAUACUGGAGUUAUUGAACAAACAGGUUUUUAAAUUUUAAUUUUAAUUAUAAAAAUAACUAACUUGUACUCUAACAUAAGUGACUAUUUUCACCAAGCUAACUUCUAAGUUAGAAAUUUGUAAAAUUUCAGAAACUAAUUUAUAUUCUAUCUUGGUUAGUUCUUAUAUUAAAGUUACCUUAACUAAUUGAAAAAAAUUACAAACUUACUCAGCUUUGAAUGUUGUUAUACAUUACAUUUAUAAUAUUACUAUUGAUAUAAAUUGAACUAUUUGAUGUGUUUUGUAGAGAUGUUCUGGGUAUCCAGCCAUUGAGUCCUAUUGGGAUACUCAAAUUAUUACUUGGCUAAUACUGGGUACCUGAUUUAUUAAUAAAUAAUGUACCUGGAACUCCCCUUAUGUUAGUUAGUUUUUGUAUAAAAGUAACUUUAACUUAUUAAAAAAAAUUUCUCAGCUUUGAAUGUUGUUAUAUACUAAAUUUAUAACAUUGUUAUUGAUAUAAAAAUAAUUAUUUGAUGUUUUGUCAGAAUGUUCUGUGUAUUUGGCCAUUAAGUCCUAACCAGGUACUCAUAUAAAUUAUUACUCGGCUAAUACUAGAUUAUUAAUAAAGUUUAUUAAUAAAUAAUGUACCCAGAAGUCCUUUUAUGUUUUGUAUUUAUCUUAUUCUUUUUAAUAAUUUCGUUCUGUUUAUUUAUAGAUGCCCCUAUUCAUUCUACAUAGUCAACUACAGUUACAGCUGGAUCAUCUAUUGAAAAUCAGAUGGCAUUGCUUAUUGAUACAGGUGUGUUUGAUUUAGAAGUUAGUUUUAACAUUAUAGAUGUGCAGAAAUAGAUAGCCCGAUCUCCUGUGGGAUAAAUUUUUAGUUGUGUUUUUUAGUAAUUAAUUUAUAAAAUAUUUUACAUAUUUUGAACAAACAGGGUUUAAAUUUAAAUUUUAACUAUAAAAAAAACAAAUUUUUACUCUAACUUAAGUGACUCUUCACUUAACUAACUUCUUACUAAGUAAGUAAGCAUAGGUCUCUAUUAAAAAAAAAAAAAAGAUUCAAUAUUAAAUUUAAUAGUAAGAAAAGAAUUAUAUAUUUUGUAUGAUCCAUUUUAACUAAUUUUUCAGACUGAAAUUUUCGAAGACAGUGACAUUGAUUUUGAUGAUGAUAUGGCUGGUAAGUUUAUGUUAUAAUAUAACAGUUACAAUUUAACAUUGUUUUUUAAAAUAUAAUAUGGAUGAUAUUUUUUUUUUUUUAGUUAUGUCUGAUGAAUGUGGUGACACUGGAGAUAUUGAACAAACAGGUUUAAAAUUUAAUUUUGAACCAUAAAAAUAACUAACUUGUACUCUAACAUAAGUGACUAUUUUCACCAAAUUAACUUCUAAUUAAGUGAGAAAUUUCAGAAACUAACUUAUAUUCUAUCUGGGUUAGUUCUAGUAUAAAAGUAACUUUAAAUAAUUAAAAAAAAUUACUCAGCUUUGAAUGUUAUUGUAUAUUAAAUUUAUAAAAUUGUUAUUGAUAUAAAAAUAAUUAUUUAAUGUUUUGUCAGAAUGUUCUGUAUAUUCGGCCAUUGAGUCCUAACCAGGUACUCAUAUAAAUUAUUACUCGGCUAAUACAGGGUGCUUGGUUUAUUAAUAAAGAUUGUACCUGGAACUCUCCUUAUGUUUUGUAUUUAUCUUGUUUUUUUUUAAUUAUUUUGUUCUGUUAUUUUAAAGAUGCCCCUAUCCCUUGUGCACAGUUAACUACAGUUACAGCUGAUACACCUAUUGAAAAUCAGAUAGCAUUGGUUAUUGAUAAAGGUAUGUUUAACUUACAUAGUUUCACAAUAAUACAAUAUUAUAAAACUAAUAUAAAUCUUAAAACGUUCCUUUCUUAAAGAUGCAAGUACCAGUCAAAAACUGAUACAGAAUGAUGGAACACUUCAAAAUUUAAGACAGAGGAAAAGCAUUUCUUUUAGAAUCAAUAGUGAGUUACAAUCCAUUAGUUAGUCACAUUCUAAAAUAAUUCUGUUUAACACUGUUUUACAUUUUUAGAUAAAUGUUCCAAGAGCAGGUUUUUGGAGAAGAACUUAUUUCAGCGCAUAGAUAGACUUGUAGAAUUACAAAUCAAAUCUGUAAAACAACAAAAUGAAGCCAUGAAAAGGAAUUCUGCCUUAAAAGAACGUAAACUGUUGUUAGAACUAGAAUUACUAGAAAAACAAAUCAAUAACUCAUAA